AUUGUCCCUUGCGAAUUUGAUCAAAUUGGGUUUGCUUGCGAGUGCGAGGCUUGAUUGUGGGGCAGAUAGGGCCUUCCAGUGCAUGUAGUGUCUUGGAUUUUGUCAUUGGCUUGGUCAUGUAAAUGGGUUUAGUUCGUGUUUGCGAUUGAGACCAGAUUAGCUCGAAAGACGGGAUGGCUCUUGGGUUAUCGACAUUGGUCACUGUUUGCAUUCAGAAUCUGGGUUUCGCAUGUAGUUACUUACUCUCGGAGGAAUAGGCUCGGGUUGAGGGAGUGGAUAUUGUAUCCUGCUUGGCCGAGUGUGGUGGGUCACUAGUGUAAGGAAAUUCUUAUAUUUGCGACCAAUCUCUUGCACUCAGAUAGCUUAGUUGUCCCGAGCAGCACCGUGAUAGAAAUGCGAGCGGUUCUUGUUGCCCUAUGACGCAAAUGGCAAAGCUCUUGGCCGGUUGCUGGUCGGUAAAGAUUUACUAGAGUUUAAGUGUGCUAGAUUUAGCUAGCAAAGCAAUUUGGUAGUAAUUAUUUCACUUAUACUAAAAUAUGUUAGAUUUGGAUUAAAGAGAAGAUUUAAGAAUGCCUGGUUUAGCUAGUCAAACGCAGUUUCAGUAGGUUGUCGCACUGUUCAGCAUGUAUUCAGCUACUAUUCACUUUCUUCCUGUGAUGUGUAACUCUCUUUCUUGAAAGAAUUCAGUGAUAUAAUUAUGGGGAAAGGCACAGGAUGUUUCCCUAGCAAAGGGAGCAAAUCUGUGGGAGCUGGAUCCGGAACUCCACAUGAGAAGGUUGAAACAGGCCCGACAUCAGAUGCUCCAGUUUCAGCAAGCAAUUCUCCUCUUGCAACUCCUCCACCCGCUGCUGCACCCUCUGCAACACCCGAUGCUGCAAAGUCACCCGCUCCGACAGCCGAUUCUACUGAACGAAGUGUCGCAUCUGAGGCUCUCGAAAAGAGUGCAGAUGACAAACAUUCUGUGAAGGCUCCAAUUUCAAGUGCAGCCCCAAUAUCAAGUGGGAAGGUUAAAGUGUUCAUCGUAUUCUACUCCAUGUACGGACACGUGCUUACACUGGCAAAAAAGAUGAAGGAAGGGGUAGAUUCUGUGGAAGGUGUUGAAGCCAUCUUGUACCAAGUUCCUGAGACGCUACCAGCUGAUGUUUUGACAAAGAUGAGUGCUCCACCCAAGGAUGAAGCGAUUCCCGUCAUUACAGCUGCACAGUUACCUGAAGCUGAUGCAUUUUUGUUCGGAAUUCCAACUCGAUACGGAACAAUGUCAGCACAAAUGAAGGCAUUCUUCGAUUCCACGGGAGGGCUGUGGAGAGGGCAGUCUCUUGCAGGGAAGCCAGCAGGAAUUUUUGUUAGCACGGGCACUCAAGGUGGAGGACAGGAGACUACCGCGUUGACAACCAUCACGCAGUUGACACAUCACGGGAUGCUCUAUGUCCCGAUCGGAUAUACUUUUGGUGCUGGGAUGUUCAAACUAGACGAGCCCAGAGGAGGCUCCCCUUAUGGUGCUGGAACUUUUGCUGGAGACGGAACAAGGAUGCCCACCGAGACAGAGCUGGCCAUGGCUGAGCACCAAGGUCGCUUGACUGCCAAUGUUGCGAAGCUGUUGGCGAGAAAAUGAAGCAGAAGAACUCUUCCAGCACUCUUGUAAUCAAACUCUUCUGUGGCUGAUCUCAACAGUUUGUUCUCAUAAUGUGUAAAGUCCGUUUCUGAUGUAGCCCCUUCUAUUAUUCAUAGGGUGCUUGCAUAUUCUUUCCGAAUGAGCUUGUGUGCUGCUCACUGCAGCUGCUGUAGAAGCAUGCUUAGGAUAUUGUAUUACCACGUCUUACUGAGCUUGCAGUUGAGCUAUUGCAGAGGUGUAUUGGCACUACUAGGAUAACGAUAGAGGUGGUCAUUUUUAAUUUUUUUCACAAAAAAUCUUUAAAAAGUAUAUUGGAUUAGUAACAGAGUUGCUGUUCUAUGUUGCAAAGUUUCAAACUAGUUCUUGAAAUAAGAAUCAUCAGUUGUCCCAGCUGAUCUUUCAUUCUAA